GACGUCAGGCUGGCCGGUGGUGGCGGCUCUGUCGGGACCCCGCUCGUGUACAAGGAUGGUGGCUUCCACCCCGUCUGCGUGCAUUGGUUCGGGGACAACCACAACGGCGCGGGCAUCCUGUGCAGGCAGCUCGGUUACGCGACGGGCACGCUAAUCAGGCUGAAAGACGACCCGGACAGGGCCACCGCCUCGUACGGCACCAACGCCACCUUCGUGAGAACGUGCGCCUCCAACGGCUUCUCCACCAUCAAGUCCUGCGAGCAGGGCGGCGUCCUCCACGAGACCGGCGACCUCGGGGUCGCCGCCUGCCAGGCCGGAACCCCGGGCGUGGCCGUCGAGAUCGCCUGCUCAGGCGGGAGCGGCCGUCGCGGCAGCAGCGGCGAGUGCACGGACCCGCGGCGGGACGAGGAGUACGGGCUGCCCCCCGUCCUGCCGACGGGGUCCUACGGGUGCACAGACUGGGACGUGCAGCUGCGCAGCAGCGACGUCGGGCGCGCCACCGGGACCCCGAUGCUCUUCGUGAGCGGCGGCUUCCACCCCAUCUGCGCCCGUGACUUCGCGCAGACGCCGCACGGCGCACGCAUCUUCUGCAGGCAGCUGGGCUACAGCGACGGCGAGGCGCUCGAGCUGCGGGGGCAAGUGGACAGGCACAGCUUCUACGAGGAGCAGGCCGUCUACGUCGGUCCUUGCCAGGCCCCCGACGCCGAGAAACUGCAGGCGUGCUCCAGCGGCGGACAGGGGCCGGACACGGCGGGCAGCCUCGAGAACGAGGCGUGCAGGGCCGGGCUGGGCGGCGUGGCGCUCGAGGUGGCCUGCGCGGGCGGCGGGUCCACGCGGCGGAGCAGCAACGACCAGUGCCUGGUGGCCGCGUGGGGCGGGAGCCACAUCACCUCGUCCCAGUCCAAGCACAUGGCCACCGCAGGCGUCCCGAGCUCCUGCGGCGACUGGGACGUCCGGCUGACCGGCCAUGACGCCGACGGCGUGGCCGUGCGGGGCAGGCCCGAGGUUUUCCUGUCAGGCGCCUUCCGCCCGAUCUGCGUCGACGACCAGGGCUCCGACGGUUGGGCCACG